AUGGCCUGCUUUCUUGAUAUUGAAGGGACUGGAGCCAGUACUUGCCCUAUUGGUAUCCACAGAGAUGAAAAAUCAGAUGAAGAUGUAGAUGAUGCUGACAUUAAUGACAUUAUAUUUUCUAAUGUCCCAAUUGAAAAUGUGAGAGAGGGUAAUAACUGUUACCUUUAUUCACACCCAGAAACCCUGAUUGAUAAGAAAGAGAUAGGCAAAAUGCUAAGGGGUAGAACCAUGCAGAAACUAGUUUGUGCCAUAGCUGUUGAUGAAGUCCACAUGAUAUCAGAAUGGGGAAAAGAAUUUCGUAAAUCAUUUUCCAGGCUAGGACAGCUAACUAGCAUCUUCCCUAAUAUACCACACUUAGCACUCACUGCUACAUCAACAACAGCUGAUUUGAAGCUUCUAAGCAAAACAUUAGACUUUAGGGAAACCCAUUACAUUAUUGCAAACCCUGAUCAUCCUAACAUCUUCAUGGAAAUAAGGAGGAGGUUGCCCAAUAUAAAGAAAUUUGAAAAAUAUGAUGCUUUGCUUGGAGAAAUCAGUCAGGAGUUUGAAGACAAACUUCAAGAAUUCCCAGUCACAAUUGUUUAUUGUGAUAAUUUAGAGAGUGUAGGCUACAGCUACGCAUACAUGCAUCACACUCUUGGGGAAAGGGCAUACUGUGACAAAGAUAAUCAAACACCUGAAAACAGGAUGUUUUCUCAGUAUCACAAGGACUAUACAUCAAAAAUGAAAAGUCAUGUGAUAAGUGAACUUUCAAAGCCAAAUCCUAGAAUCAGAUUAAUUUUUGCAACUGUUGCCUUGGGAAUGGGCUUAAAUGUCCCUGCUGUAAACCGAAUCAUCCAUUUCCGACCUCCAACAACAAUGGAAAAAUAUCUACAGGAAAUAGGCCGAGCAGGUAGAUCAGGUCAACCUGCUACUGCUAUCAUGUUCUUUAAUAACAAUGAUAUUACCUCCAACAGAAAAGGUUUAGACCCUAAAAUGAGAGAGUUUGCUUUAAACACCUCUACAUGUUUGAGGAUACAGAUGUUACUGUACUUUGGAUUUAAAGAAUCCCUGUUUAAUGGUCAAAAGGAGUUGUGUUGUGGAAAUUGUAGAUCAUAA